AUGCCACGACUGUUUGCUCUGAUAAAAACUGGGACACUUACCCAGAAUAUAAUGACGGUAGUUGCCGCAACAAUUGGUAAAACAACCAGUUUCGGCAGUGCUGAUUUGCCAAUGGACAAUUCCUUGUCCAUCGAACGGAAAGCUCUCACUGUACCCAAUAUCCCAGACGCCGACUUCGUGAAUGGACUAAGUCAACAAGUCAAGACUCUACUCAUCCAGUCCAAUGUGCUCAACUCAACGGCCUUCGAAGGUGACCAGGACGGCCAGAAGACAUUCGUCGGUUCCAAGACUGGGGUUGCUUUACUUACCUAUUGCCGAGAUCAUCUAGGAGCUGGGCCAAUCCAAGAGAUACGAUCUUCUGCCAAUAUCGUGCAGACAGUACCUUUCGAUAGCAAGAACAAGUACAGUGCUGUAAUUGUCAAGCUACCCAAUGGAAAGUAUCGCGCAUACGCAAAGGGCGCGUCCGAGAUACUGCUGGAACAGUGUACCAAGUGUCUCGGGAAUGUGUCGGAAGGGGAAACGAUGUCUGUUCCCCUGACUGAAGCGGAUCGAGACAUGAUCAAUAUGAUUAUUAGCUCCUAUGCCGGACAGACUCUACGAACCAUCGAAUCAUCAUAUCGCGACUUCGAAUCCUGGCCACCUGAGGGAGCCGUCUCCCCGGAAAACCCGCUCCACGCAGAUUUCAAUGCUGUGCACCAAGGUAUGACACUGAUUGGAAUCUACGGUAUCAAAGACCCGCUGCGACCGACUGUAAUCAGUGCUCUUGAGGAUUGUCGCCGGGCUGGCGUCUUUGUAAGAAUGGUAACUGGUGACAAUAUCCAAACGGCCUCUGCUAUCGCCUCCAAAUGUGGUAUUUUCCGUCCUCAUGAAGGUGGCAUUACGAUGAAAGGCCCCGAGUUUCGAAGACUUCCACCUGAAGAGCUCAAACAAAAGGUGAGAUAUCUCCAAGUCCUGGUCCGCUCAAGCCCGGAGGAUGAACGGAUCCUGGUCCGUACCCUUAAAGAUCUCGGGGAAACAGUGGCAGUGACAGGCGAUGGAACGAAUGAUGCGCCAGCUUUGAAGAUGGCAGACAUUGGAUUCUCCAUGGGCAUUGCUGGAACAGAAGUGGCUAAGGAAGCAUCGUCAAUUAUCCUUCUUGAUGACAAUUUUGCUUCCAUUGUCGAGGGGUUGAUGUGGGGUCGUGCCGUUAAUGAUUCUGUCAAAAAGUUUCUUCAGCCGUGGUCUUGA